CUGUAUUGUUGUUAGUAUUGAACGAUAUUAUUGUUUAGCAAACAAAGGCAGACAAAGAUGGAGAUCACAAGUGAACACAAUUGAGACAAUGAAUUGAAGACAAUGUCCAUAAUAGUGACCAUUUGGUGACAUUUACAGCUCAGUGUCGGCACAGAAGCCGUCCUCUACGUGACAAAUGUGUGACUUAACGCGAUUGACAAUGCAAUCUCUGGAGGCGUCGGAACCGCAACUUAUACCUCAAGGCCAACGCCAUUAUCUCAUGAUGUCUGCCGCGGCUGGCAUUGGUUCCGGUCGUCUGCCAACCGAAUUGCGACCUCCAUCUCCACCGCUACUUAAAGUUCAAGUGUCGUCUCCACCACCUCUUCAGCAGUUUAUUAGCGAACCUUUACUGACAACCGUAACGACGCCGACGCACAACACGUAUUCGGUGGCCAACUCUUCGAGAACUAAAAUCUGUGGUCCAAUGGAUGACAUAUUGUCAGCAUUGGGUGGACCACAACUCAAGUCAAUUAAUUGUUUGAUUUGUAACGAGUAUUCACCGGCCGGACACACAUUUCGGCUAUAUUCCAGUCCAAGAAUUCCUCCACUUAUUAAUCAUGAAUUAGGAAUUUAUCCGUUUUUUCCAUUUCUCAAGAAAUUGAUUGCUAUAACUAGCAAAGCAUGUGAUGAGAGAGACAAAGAUCAGGACUGUGCUCUGGUCUGUACUUUUUGUUAUCACUCAUUGAUUAGUCAAUGGAUUGCAUAUAACGCAUCGACUGCUAUUGAGGACAGGGAUCCUAUGAGAAGAACCUAUAAUUGUAGAGAUUAUAUUUGCUUUAUAUGCGGUGUCACCACAUUUCGUCAAAAGGUUAGGUCUAUUGCUCUCAAAUAUUUCCCGUUUUUAUUGGAGCACUCAAGACCUUCUGGUGCCUUAACAUUAUCUGAUGGCGAGAAUGUGGUGGCCUGUCUCACAUGUUUUGAUUCAUUAACACUUCAAUGGAAAGAUUAUGAAAGGAUGAAAGUGCCGAUCAAAAUGAGAAAAUAUAAUUGGAUUACUGUCGCACCAACUAAUAAAGGCAUCACUGAUGGACAUUCAACUAUUGUUCAUAAAUUACCGAUGAACGAUGCAAUGUCACCAAUAUCACCAGCAUCGGUAACAGGUCCAGGACCACCAUCAACACUGUUAAUGAAUGCAACACUUGGUUUACUUGAUUCCAAUGCGAUAAACAGAAGUUCAUCAUUUGCGUCAGCUCUUCGAAAACUGGCCAAACAGUCCAAUCCAUUUGAUCCGAUAAAUAGUUCCGAGUCUGAACAGAAUGGUGCUAACAGUUCCUUGCAUUUAAACAAUGAAUCCAAUUUAGCCGCAUUUCGAAGUCCAUUUCAGAGCACUUAUAUGCGCCCAUCGCCACCAAUUGUUACGAUUGCUCCGAUGGCCGGAACCAGUGAUUCAUUGCAACGAUCUUCAGCAUUAUGCUUAUCUAUGAAUCAUUCAUCAAAUAGUAUGAAAAAUAGCAGUUUAUCGCCCUUUCAGUCAUCACUUUCAAACAUUGGAGCACACAAUCAAUCGAUCGGGCGAUAUAUGAAUGGAUUAGUAGCCCCAAACCCACCAAUUGUCACCAUUGCUCCCAUACCGGCUCAUCAGGUCGACAGAAAUGAUAAUUUAAGGAAAAGGGAUUCACAUCAAUAUUAUGAACAUAGAGGACAUACAGAGAUACCAAAAGAGUCAAUUUAUAAUAGUUUGCAUAGAAAAUCACCAAUAAUUAGACCUCCUACACAUAUAAUCGAUGACAAUAUUGGUAGUAAUCGUGUGUCACAACAAUACAAUGGGUCUGGUUUUCAACCGUACAGAAGUCUUGAAGAGAAUUUGCAAUCAUCUCUUACGUCAUCACAACUGCCGCCACAUUUGAUGCCUUAUGAAGGACUUGCUAUUCCUUACCCACCAUUACCUCAUCAUUUAUCUCCAAUUUCGGGUUCAAUACCUCUAUCACAUCCCAGUCCAUCACCAAAUGUUUCAUAUGCUUCAUAUAUGGACAGAAUUAAUUUACUUACAAGGGGUCAAUUUCAUAGUUCUUCGUCACCAUGGCUUCCAGUUGCUGGAAGUGGCGCAGUAUCGUCUGUGCCGUUCAAUUUGAUGCGUUAUUCAGAUAGUCUUAAUUCACAGACUGAACGUAUUAUUGCUGAAGAUAGACAUCAUCUUCUAAAUCAUACACUAUCUCAAAGUGCUUAUAAACCCAAUGAAAUUAAUAUUAAUAGUCCACCCGUUCAUCCUAUUAUUGAAAGUCCACAUCAAUUGCACCAUUCGUUAGAAAAAAUGAGAAAUGAAAGACUGAUUGUUGAGAGUCAUAAUAGAAGUGAAGUUAAUGUUUCUAAUCAUUCAUUAAACGCAUCUUUUGUGAGUGGAUUACCUAAAGAACCGUUAGAUAUUAGUUUACAUUCAGUCAAUUUGAUGGACAAAAAAGAUAAUAAUGAUUUUGCUUCAGCUAACAAACCGUUAAAUUUGUCUUCAAAUUGUAAUGAAAAUGUAAGUGCAUUACAUACAGAUAAACAAAGUUUAUGGCAGCAUAAAGAUAAUAACGAUAAACCUACUAAUUAUACGAUAAAUCACAAUCAAAAAUCAAAUGUAAUUUUUUCUAAUUCCGAAAUUAAAAAUUCUGUAAUCGAUAGCUGUAGUAAAAAAGGCGUCGAUUUUGAUAUUUUAUCAAAUAAUGGACUAAACAAUAAAAGAAAUGAAAAGAUUGUGUCGACUAUUAAACAUUUAUCUUCAAAUGAAGUCAAUCAUACAAAUAGAGAUCUAGAGUUAAGAACGUUAAGCAAUUCAAACAAAACUGUGUUAACAAUUGAUUUAUCAAAGAAUUGCAAUAAUUUAAGAAAUGAAAGUAUCACUGAUUUUAAUAGUAUUGAAAAUCUUGUUAAACAAAAAUCAGUCGAAGAAAAAAUGGUGUCUAAACUUGAUUUGGAUGAAAUCAAAUUGAAGCAAAAAAGACAAAUUAAAUACUUAGAUAAUGAUUUCGAUAGUGAUUCCGAUUCAGAAGCAGAUUAUAGUGAUGAUAGUGAAGAUAAAUAUAACAUAAUUCUAACCAAACGUUUACCGUUAGAAUUGGAUGAAAGUCCACAAAAAAUGCAUUUUUUAAACGUUUUUAGUUUAACAACACAUAAAAGGAAAAAUCAAAUUGAAUUCAAUAAAUAUAUUAAACGAAGAAAAUUAUUGAAUCAAAUUUCACCAGAAAACGAAUUAAAUGAAAAAGUCGAAGAAGAAGAAGACAAUAGAAUUGUAGAUACAAUUGAUAUUAUGAAGUCAUUUGUCGAUAAUAAAGAAGACACGGAUGUCUUGAAAGCCAGUCAAACACUUCCCAAUUCAAUAGUAUCUGAAGAAAGAAAUAUUGAAUUGAAAUUAGAUUUUAUGUCAGGAAUUGGUUUAUGUGAACAAAAAUCUCAUGAAAAACAAAGAGAGAUUGAAUUCUUGUGGAACGGAAUAUUGAAUGAAAGAUUAAUGAGAAUUAAAGAAAACAAAUGUUGGACUAAAUUGUUGAACAAUUUGACUGAAGAAACAUUAAAUAAGUGGUUAUUUUGUUUUAAUUCAAGUGAUAAUCGUUGUAAUUAUAAUGGUUUUAGCAUUCAGACGACAAAACCAAUUAAUAUGAGUUCAAAUACCAAUAGAUUGAAUUCUAGUCGCUCUCAAAGGAAAGUUGUUUUAUUCGGCAAUCAAUCAAAUGGAUCAUCACUUCAUAAUAAUCAGUUGAAUAAAGAUUUUGUACAAGAAUUUCACGAAUCGGUUCUUUUAGAAACUGCAGCAAAACAACAGCAAAAGAGUUACACAAAACAUGAGUUAAAUAACAUUUCUAAAGAAGAUGAAGAAGAAGACAAUUCAGAGUGUUUUUCCAGCGAUUGUUUACAGGAAUGGCCCGGAAUUGAGGCCAUUAUGGAGUCAUACGACAGAUACUCUAAUGAACGAAAGCAAGAAAAACAAUUUCUUUAUAAAAGAAGUAUUGAACUCAAGAAUAAAUUUCGUAAUAUUAAUAAAGAAUCGGAAAAAUUAAGUCAACAAAUGGCGAAUUUAUUACAACUGAAAACACAUUUGGAUGAAGAGAGACAACGAUAUGAACUACUUGUGGACACAGUUUACGGUUGUUUGAAACAACUCAGUUGA